AUGAGUCAAAUCCAUGAAACAAUUUCUCCUUCUUGGGGCUCAUUGCCCAUCGAGCGUUAUCUGCUUAGCAAAUGGCACCCUUCCUUAGACCUAUCAGUCGAUGAACAGCGAUUGGAGCUCGUGAAAGCCUUUCUAAAAGAAAACGACAUCUCAGCUUUCGCUUCAAUAUCGGCGGAAGCAAUCACAACAGACAAACAAGAGCUCAUCCAAACAGUGCUAGUGCCCUGGCGUUCGCAGAAGCUUCGCCGCAUAGCUGAGAAAUAUGAUCCUCGCAAUCCUUUAUUUGAUACCCUCGUUGUUCUACGCACUCACUACGGAGGUGACAGUGACGAAAGGUUCAGUCGCUGGAUUGGCGAUGCGUGCGACGCCUUUGACGACAUGGACCCAGACGGUGAUCUGUUUGGUCCACCCGAUGAACGCUGGUGGCACGUUCUUGAUGAUGCUUCUCUCUUCAACAUUGGUUCUCAAGAAUGGCAGACCGUGUACACAAUACUCCCGGAAUUAGCUGCUUCGGAACUGCGGCGAGACUUCAACGAUGAUGAUGUGCAAGAGGCCAAGGAGCUAGUAUUAUCCAUUUGCGACUCCCGAGAGCCAGAAGAAGAUGACUACGAAGAUGCCAUCUGUGAAAUAGCCAAGGUUGGAUUCUGGUUGAUUGUCGUUGACAAAGAGGCUUUCGAAAAUGAGGAAUUACUUUUGGUCUUUAUAGACAAAAAGGGCAACGUUGUCAGACAGACGGCUAUUGCUCCAGUCGACUUGCCGCAUCUGCCCCAUUAUAUCCUACGUGGAUCAAUCACGGAAUCUGGGUUUUGGCGUGAUGCAGAGGUGGGAAAGAAGUACAAGACAAGAGGGGAAAUUAUGUGCGCUGCGCUGCCACUUGUUAUGGCAGAGUCUGAGUGA